AUGGAGGAGCGGUUGUUGAGGAUUGUAGCACGAUCCACUCCUCGACGCAUCGUCAUGUGCUGCCGAUCCAUUCGUGAGGAUAGUUUGUGUGUGUUCCGUCGAGUCAAGCGUCGCCAGGGCGAGAAAGCAUCAUUUCUGGAAAUUGCUUUAUUCCACUGGGCCAAUUUCUCCUUCGAAGCUCAGUCGUUCUUCAUUCAUGCGAGACAUGUUCAGCCCCGAAGACCGGAUCUCUACUUUGCCAGUUCAUCCUGUGAUCGACUCCGACUCAACGCCAGAUGA